UGGGGGGCGCUGGGUCGGCAUCUCAGGGCGGGGAGAGAAGACGUCAUGGGGGCAGCACCUCGGGGGGCCGCGGGUCGUGGAUGGCACAAGGCUUGGAGACAUGGACACACGGGGCGGGCACCGGCCAAAGCGCCCACGCGGGUGUGGAGCCUCGCGGGUGCGGGGAGAGCUGGCGGACUGCAGCUCUGCGGGACAGCAGGUCAGCGGUGUCUGGGCAGCACCUUAGAACCAGGCAGGCCCCCCUCUAGGAUGGUGUCGAGAGCACACUUGCCUCUCACCAUGAGUCUCGACCUCCAGUACGAGCCGCUGAGCGAUGCCCGGUGGACGGAGAUCCUGCCUCUCAUCCCGCAGUACCCGGUGGUCAGGCUGGUCGACUGUGGCAUCACCGAGGGGCGCUGCAAGGAUGUGAGCUCCGCACUCCGGGACAACCCCGCCCUGACCGAGCUCAGCCUCUCCUCCAACGAGAUGGGCGAUGCCGGCACACAGCUGGUGCUCCAGAGCCUGCAUCCCACCUGCAAGAUCCAGAAGCUCAGCCUCCAGAGCUGCCACCUGUCGGAGGCGGGCUGCGGGGCCCUGUCCAGCCUGCUGCGCUCCAUGCCCUCCCUCCGCGAGCUGGACCUCAGCUACAACCAGCUGAAGGACGCGGGCCUGCAGCUGCUCUGCGAGGGGCUCCUGGACCCCCAGUGCCACAUCGAGAGGCUGCAUCUGGAGUACAGCAACCUGACGGCCGCCAGCUGCGAGGCCCUGGCCUCGGUGCUCAGGGCCAAGCGGGAGCUGAAGGUCCUGGGGGUGAGCAACAACGACUUCGGCGAGGCUGGCACCCGCACGCUAUGCCAGGGCCUGGCCGACUCCACCUGCCCGCUGGAGUCGAUCCGGCUGGAGGGCUGCGGCCUCACCGCGGCCAACUGUCAGGACCUGGGCGGCAUCGUGGCCGCCAAGGCCUCGCUGAGCGAGCUGCAGCUGGGCAACAACAAGCUGGGGGACGCGGGCAUCGCGCAGCUGUGCCCUGGGCUGCUGAGCCCCGGCUCCAGGCUCCAGACCCUGUGGCUCUGGGAGUGUGACUUCACGGCCAGUGGCUGCAAGGACCUCUGCCAGGUGCUCAGAGCCAAGGAGAGCCUGAAGGAGCUCAGUGUGGCCGGCAACGAGGUGGGGGACGAGGGCGCGCGGCUGCUGUGUGAGACCCUGCAGGAGCCCCCUCAGGGGACCUCUGAGGGGGUGGCCCUGGAGGAGGGGUGGCCUGGUGGGGACCCUGCGGGGGCUGAGGACCAGGACCCGCUGCCGCCCGAGGGGGAGAGGCAGGCAUGUCGGGUCCAUGGAGGCGGGAAGGCGCUGAGAUUCUCUGGGCGGGGUAUGGGGAACCCCCGGUGCCCGAGGGCCUGGGCUGCAGUCGGCCUCCGUGUCCCCAGGAUGAAGUCCUGCGGCCUCACGGCCGCCUGCUGCCCGCACGUGAGUGCAAUGCUGGCCCGGAACCGGAGCCUCCAGGAGCUGCAGAUGAGCAACAACAAGCUGGGGGACGAGGGCAUGGAGGUGCUGUGCCAGGGCCUGUGCCAGCCGGGCCUGACCUCUGCCCUGCUGUCCGCCAGGGUGGGGGACUGCGAGGUGACCGACCAGGGCUGCACUAGCCUGGCCGCGCUCCUGCUGGCCAACCGCAGCCUGCUGGAGCUGGACCUCAGUAACAACUGCUUGAGCGAGGUGGGCGUCAUGAAGGUGGCCGAGAGCGCCCGGCAGCCCAGCUGCCCCCUGGAGAAGCUGGUGUAA